UUGUAGGUACGAGCGCUGGAUAUCCGGACAUAUUCUCUUGACCUUGACGCAGCCGCGCCGCACGUGUGCGUAUUUCACACAGGAAAACCCAAACAUUCGAGCUCUGGAGGGAAAAUGGCUGAACAUCUGAAUGGACUGAAACCGGCGCACACAUUGUCUUUGGAUUAAUGGACCUCUGUGGUAGUCGAACUACUCAGCCACGUCUCUUUCUGCCUCUGGACAUAUUUCCAACUACUCUUAAAUGUGGGUAUUCACAUCAUCAGCACGUCAGCACCUGCUGGUGUGGGGCAGAAGAGUGCACCGGCCAGUGUCAGUCCCGAGCGGGGACUCCCAGUUGGCCCCUUACCACGUCACAGCUUCUCUCCUGCACCCAAAGGACGGCAGCUUCAACCCUGUGGUGAGGAAACGGCCCAGACAGAAGCCAGAUGUGUCUUACGGUUGGCGUGACCGUCAUAGGUCAGCCCAGAGUGAAGCGUGGAAGAAUGAGAGCCCAGCGAUGCAGACGACAAGUCACAGGAAGGGAGACGACCAAAGAGUUUCCUCUGAACUCAGGAAACUGUUUCUGGAGGAUUCCCCCGGAGUGAUGGAGAGGCCGGUGGCGUGCAAGCCAACACGGGACUCCAAAUUACAGAGCCUUGAGAUUGUUUUUGGCAUCUCUCCCUGUCUCUUGGCUCUGACUCAGGGCAGAAGGAAGGUCAAAACCCUGUUUGUAAAAGACAACGAGGCCCCCGAUAGGGCCUCAGUGAUAAAGGUGUGCGAGGAGGCUUGUCGGCGAGGAGUACAAGUCCAGCGGGUGAGCAAGAACAUUCUGGAAAGGAUGUCCUCUGGGCGGGUACAUCAAGGAGUCUGCCUGGAGGCCAGUCCUCUGAGAUAUCUCACCGAACGCACCGACUCUGCGCCCAGCACAAAAGAACCCCCCCCGCUGUGGCUCGUCCUGGAGGCGAUUCAGGACCCGAUGAAUCUCGGCGCCAUCCUGCGCUCUGCUUAUUUCCUCGGUGUGGACAGAGUGGCCAGCAGUCUCCGCCACACCUGUCCACUGUCUCCAGUGGUCAGCAAGGCCAGCUCCGGUGUCAUGGAGGUGCUCAGGGUGCACGGAUACGAGAACCUUGAAGACAUGCUGAAGCUGAAGGUGGCGCAGGGCUGGCAGGUGGUCGGCACAGUGGCAGCGGGCGCAGGCGAGUCCCAGAUCCCCGUCGUCCGGUGUACAGACUUUCAGAUGACCAAACCCACGUUGUUGCUGAUGGGAGGUGAGAUGGAAGGGUUGUCCCGGGAGCUGCUCACGCUGUGCCAAACCCUGCUCACCAUCCCGGCCGGCAGAGAUUUGUCUGACGGCAUAGAGUCUCUGAAUGUCUCUGUAGCUACCGGCAUCCUGCUGCACAGUCUGCUUUCCUCCAGGAAGUCGACCACAUGAUCACCCCAAGUCCAUCCAUCCAUUAUCUUUACAGCUUUGCCUCUGAGGGUCAUGGGGAGUGGGGUCCAAGCUGACAUUGGGCAAGAACCCCAAAUACGGAACUGUGCAAAAGUUUUAGGCACUAAAAGUUAAAGUAAUGUCAGAAAGUUUUUACAGACAAGCUUUCAAAAAUAAAGCCAUGAAUAGUUAUUGUUUAUUUGUUAACUUCCAACCUUCCCUGACCAGUCCUUCGCUACAGGUAGGUUGGUCAGAGCAUCUUGGAGAAGUUCCAAGUUCUAAUUUAAUUUGUCUCAGUGUCUUCUAUCUCAUGUGAUUUGCCAGACUGACUCCAUGAUGUAGACAUCAGGGUUGUCUGGCCGCCACACCAUCUAUUCUUCUUCAAAAGACACUUCGUCACGACUCUGCGUGUUUGUUUGGGCUCUUUGUCCUGCUGCGGGAUGAACACGGGACUGAGCAGAAAAAAAUCUGAACAACUAAAGUACCUAAAACCUUUGCACUGCUCUGUCUCCGCCUGUACUUUGAAAAGUAGUAGUUGAAAAUGCACUAUUUCCUUGUUUUAAUAAAGUUAUCAAAAAACUACAGUGCAUUGUAAUUUUGAUCAGUUAAAUGAAUUGCUGGGCCAUUGGGAAAUAAGUGAACUGAAAAAAGUAAAAUGGCAAAUGGACUAUUAAGUCACAUUCACCCAAUCACACACAUUCAGAAUGUAUUAAUGGACUGACAACAUAAUUAUUGGAUUUGUUGACAAUAAUAAAGAUGUACAAGUUUCAA